AUGGCGGAUCUGUUUAUCCAGGCCGUAAGAGUUGCGCUUUGCAACACUGAAGUUUGUCAGAUUCUGCGGCCGGUUCCGAUCAGUUUCACCACAAAGUGCCAAAGUCUUGCAGCUAAUUUGAAGACGAUGACUCUUCGAGUGACUCUUCGAGCCAUUCAGAAGCGCUCAGAUCGACCACUGUGCAAGGCACCACAGAUCACCACAGAUCACCACAGUGAUGAUCGCUUGGUAGACCACACGCUGUAUGGCUUCCAUUGGUUUUGCGAGUUUUGCUCAGAGGCCACGGAGGAUCAUCAAGGAUUGGCUGCUGCCAUCGAGCAAUUCGUGGAGCGUCCGGAUCUCAGAUUAAUCAGAUCGAGGAUCGAGCAGGUUCCUGCAGCAGUCGAUGCUGCCAGACAGCUCUUUUACGGCCUACCGUUUACAGCCACUUCAGAUGGAGGUCCGCAAGUCUUAACUGGCCAGACGGACGUGAGUUUGCCAGUAAAGGGGGAGGUGUCCUUGGAGCCCUACUUGCCCCUUUUUCGCCUGACAGAUGAAGGAACGUCUGAGCGCAAGGCGAGGAAGCGUGAAGAGACCCAGGAGACCCAGGAAAUUGAAGACAUCGGAGACCUGAACGUCACCAGGAGCAGAGAAGAACGGCUCCUGGGUAUUCGCAAGGUCCCGGUGCCGGAUGGCCCUCCGGCGGCUUUACCGAGACCCCCAGGUGUUCGGCGCUACGCAGGAGAGGGCUUCAAGUUUACCAUGAACAAAUGGUGGAACGGCCUAUCCACAGGAGGACGAUCAAGGAUCAGCCCAUGCUGGGGCGAUCUUCGCGGCGUGGCGUCCUUCCGACGGAGCUUGUUGGAUCCAAGUGUCUAUGGCAUCGGACUCCUUCGUCGUGGCUGCAACUUCUGCGUGGUUUGUCCUUCAGACGAGUUCGAUGGACAGCCUCCUGAGGACAUCCACGAAGAGCCACCGCCUGAGGACGAUUUCCUGGAUCCAGAUUUGGAGACCAAAGACAGCACAAUGGAGACAGAAGUGAAAGCCACCAUCGGAAAAGAAUAUGCGGCCCUUCUGAAGUGGCGACAGGCGGAGCCCUGGAAGAAGAUGGUGAAGACUCGAGCGACAAAAAAGGUUGGAAUUCUUCACGAGAAGUUGACAAGUCUGGAUGAGAGUGUUGACUUGGACGGCAUGGAUGGUUGGCCUGUCCUGAGUGGUACCUUCAUGGAAAAGGAUCAUCCAGAUCCUAUCCCCUACGCACGUCGCACACAGGACAAUUUGGAUGCUCAAAUGCGGACAGAGCAUGUGCUUCGUCGUGAAGGAAAGCUGGUGGAAUCCAACGCAGCCAAAACACGUUUCGAGCACUUUGUGGAGGAAGAAGACCUGGCCGAGCCCAUCAUGGUGUGCUUCCCUCCACCCGGCAUCGUCCCAGUGGAGAUCCUCUGUGAGGCGGAAAUGAUGCCCUGGACAAUCUCACCAGAUCCAUACCGGCUUUCGCCCACCUCAGACUGCAGGGUGGAUGUGUAUCGAGUACGGCUUGACAUUGAAGCUGGCACUGCGGAACGUCUCAGUGAGGUGAGUCUGUGCAACUUCUGUGUCGACUCCACCACGUCGUUGGGCUUUUGUGUGAUCUUCACGCCAAAUCUGCGAUUGAAGCCCGGUGACAACUUCGAGGUGGUUCUGAGUGGCCUGAGAGAUCAGGAGACUCCCAAGGGUGCAGUAUGCAGCCUGCAGUACUUUCUCUCCUUCAACAGCUUUGCGAAACUUGGACUUGGGCAGCUUUUGGACCAUCCGUACGACAAGGAAUUUUACCCAGCAUCAGUGCAGUGGACGAGCGCCUUGGAUCCGCCAAACGAGCAGUACAGCCAAGGGAAUGUGUCCUUUCCAGUUCAGAUUCAGUCUGGGCCGGUGAAGGAGAAGAACCCGAAAACUGGUGAGUUUGACCAGAAGCGUCCACCUCCUAUUGGCGUUGUGCGACAUCCCAAGGGAGAACGAACUCGUCAGGGCUAUCAUUUGGAGGUCACUCGGAACGAGGUCAUGCUGUCGCUGGUCCAUCCAAGCAGCGUCACAAUAAAGGCCAACUUGUCGUGCUUCCUCAAGUCUCAAGCCAAGUGGGAGGGCAUCAGCCACGGUGUGUGGCAAAUGUGCUUCGAUGAGCCAUCCAUGGAAACGACCAGGGACUUAUCAGAGGGCCCGGAGGCAAGGCACAAACGGCAGACUAGAGUGGUCUUGACAGUGAUGUUGCCAACCUUGGGGCAGUACGAGCUGCGAUUCCAGUGGGGCAUGGUACCGCUGACAAGCACCGAUGCUGGCCUUUGUCGAAUGGUGAAUUGUGGAGUGGCACAGAUGGAUCAUCCUUUGCGCAUAUCUCUGCGUUGUCACCGACCCGAUCCCGACUUCAAGCACUUGGUUCCUUCGUUGCUUCAUACUUCAAUGCAGAGGUAUGGUUUUCCGGUGAAGCAUCCGCUGGCGGAACAAUUUGGAAUGACCCUUCUCCAGCCCUUGAGGCAUCGCUUGCGCAGUGGUCAAGAGAGCCGCUUCUUGGUCUACUCCACGCAGGCUGAUGUGGAUAGCUCCCAUUUGCGGAAGCUAGCAGCAGAGACCGGGUGGCUACCCCAGCUUCCAGAUGUCUCUACGAUGAUCCGUUCGGCUUUGAAGCUGUGCAUGCGUUGCGGUUCUGCCAAAGGCCCUGCCCGUAUUGUGGUGGUCAUUGGAAACUGGCAACGAGUCCAAGUCCUCUCCAGGCGGUUGCUGUCGACAGAUGUCUCUGCCAGAGCCGAGGUGCAUGAAGGUUUGGUUCGUCUGACAUCAGAGGAGAUUCUGCUUGUGCUUCCCCUCUUGGAUUUGAUUCCAGCCUUGGAAACUGUAGAAGUAGCAAUUCCGAGUGUUGGCAGAAAUGCUGUGAUGGAUGUGGCUUCGGACAAAGUCCUGGAUCAGUUGCUGGCCGAUCGAGUGAAGAAGGCCAAAGACAAGGAACCAUUUGUCAGGCUGGGAACGUCGCAGCAGGAUAGAUGA